CUUGUCCAGCAUCACCUCGCAUUGUCUCAAGGACUCCAGACGGAACCUCUCCUUUUAGGCAGGCGGUGAUGAAAGGAAAUGACACUCUGACCCAGGCUGAAACGACAACAACAAAAGGAACUUAUCGCCAGAUCUGUUUGUCUGGUUUGUUCUCAUUAUUUGUCCCCCGCAACCAUCCUUUAUCACCACCAAUCCUCCGGUCUCUUUCAAAUCGCAUUGUGUGCCAGACCUCACGAUCAUGACUAUAUAAAGAUCACGACGUCUAUGAAUUUUCCUCGGCUGUUCCACUCAAAACUCACCUUACCCGGACCGCAUUCACGCACCGCCUCGACCGCAACAACAUCGUAAUCAGCCGGAUAACCAGGAUCAGAAAAGGCAGAAGCAUAAGCGCAAGGAUGGAAUAUCUUCCAGACUCGAUCACGCAGCACCUCACCACGACCUCCUUCUCGGCGCUCACCGCCCACCUCAACACCUCGUACCUGACCCCGGCGCUCGCGCACGUCCGCGCCGCCUACAUCGACCCCUACCUCGUGCGCCCGGCCGCCAGCUACCUCGCCGCCUCCUCGGGCGCCAUGCCCGACCUCAUCUCCGUCACCCUCCUGCUGGUGAUCCUGUUCCUCUCGCUCAAGCUGCUCGACUACGCCCGCCGCGUCGUCAUGUUCUGGGUCAGCCUCGCGUGGUGGCUGCUCUGGUGGGGCACCGUCCUCGGCGUUGGGGUCUGGCUGUACACCAGCGGCGUCGAGCGGGCCGCCCGCGACGUCGGGUGGUUGGUCGGCCUCGCCAGGGGGCUGCUGGGAGGUCUCUUUGAGGAUCUGGAGCGCGCGGGGCGGCAGCACCACCCCCAGCAACAUGGAGGACGGCAGCCCGGGGUUUUUGGGGGAAAUAAUGCUGCGGGGUUUGGCGGCAGGGGCCAGCAGGUUCCUCUGGGGAGGUAUUGAACCUCUCCCUCUGUUUGGUUUCUUUCACUUUCAUUUUGCUGUGUUUGCCGGGUUGGUGGGCGUUUGGUGUGAAGUCAAGUGAGCCAGGCCACCCAGUGGAUGUGCAUGUAUGCUAUGGUUAUUUAUAGUAUACUAUACUAUGGGCAUGACUGUGUGGCUUGCGCUUCGGGCUGGAUUUUCACCUUGCCUUUGGGUUUAGAUUUCUUUGGAAUCACUAUUGUUAUUUAUUAUUUCAUAUUUCGGUUUUGUGUGUAAUCCUGAUUAUUUACAUUCGUAAACAUGGCAUGCAUGGCUUGUAGCCUUUGAUGGCUGGCUGGCUGGCUGACAGACCCAAGCUCUGAUGCUGUCAUUCCACAUGUCCCGAUAUCGGGCAGAAUGCUUGGCCGUCGCUUUUUGACCGUCUGGCUCUGUA